CAGAAGCUGAGGAAAGAGCAAACAGAGACUUUGGUUGUUGUUUCCGUAUCAAAAGCCAUUGAGCGAAAAGUAAAAAGGACAAGAACGAGCGUGGGAUCUGUUCCUGUUCGUUUCGUUUUGUUCCAUGCUCAAUGGCUCCCUCGUUUCUUUCGUGAACCUGUCCCUCCCACCCCAUCUGUUGGCGGCAAACAUCCAAUUUGAGCCUUGACACGACGACCGAGCAACAUGGUGGGAAGAAGACCCAGAAUCGUCAAUUCGGCCACCGAUUGGCACGGGACCACGCCCUCUCGUCGGCCCUCUUCCAUCCGCCAACGAUAUCGUGACGACGACCAAGAAUCUGGACUUCUUUCCAGGGUCUCCCCUGGCGAUCACCGCGACCCUCGCUCCACCGAGCCCACUUCCACCCCCGCCGCCCCCACGCGGAUCCCCUCCCCACACGAACACGAAGUCCAGAUCCACGACGACCGCGCCAAGGUCACCUCCCUCAGCGGCUUCAAGGAUGCUCGACACCUGGCCAUCGCCGAACAACGUCGAAAUGAUUUGAAGCAAAGGGUGUUCGAUGGCAUGAAGGGCUUCUCCUCCUGGGAGGAACAACAUCGCAAAUCUUAUGCCGAGCUCAAGGCCAUCAAGAACAAGAAGAUCAGGAGAUACUACGAGUCCCAAAACGAGACGCUCGAUAGCUGGGUUGAGGUCGAUGCCUUGGUCAUGGCCGUUGCCGACGAUGUAAUCGACAGCAUGAACCCUGAUGCCGAUAGAGACGGUAUCGCCGAACGCCGUGUUCCCCUCGCCGACUCCAAGGGCGCCGUUGAAGCCUUUCUGCCCCCCGAGCACAUCGAGAAGCGCCGCCGUAACGAUCGAAACGCGAGAUGGGCUAUAAACACAAAUGUCAUUGCCAAUGUCUUCAUGCUCGUUGGCAAGCUGGUCAGUCUGCGCUUUAGUCCAUCGCUUUCGUUGGCUGCCAGCACGGCGGACUCUGCUUUGGACCUGUUCUGUACCCUGAUCAUCUACGGUACAAACCGCAUUGUCUCGUGGCGUCUGCGCGCUCUACAGCUCAAGUACCCCGUUGGAAGACGACGCCUUGAACCCAUCGGUAUCCUUGUCUUCAGUGUCAUCAUGGUUGUUUCCUUUAUACAGAUCCUUCAAGAGUCAGUUACAAAGUUGUUACCCGGCGGCGAUAGAGAUGCUGCGCCUCUGCCUCCUAUUGCUAUUGGGGCCAUGGCUGCCAAUGCCGUCAUCAAGGGGAUUAUCGGGCUCAUAUGCAGACCCAUCAAGACGACGCAGGUACAGGCUUUGGUGCAGGACUGCAAGACCGAUGUGUACUUCAACACCGCCUCUCUCCUCUUCCCCCUGGUUGGUGUUACUGCCCAGAUCUGGUGGUUGGACCCCCUCGGUGCAACUUUUUUAGCCAUCUAUGUCAUCUGUGACUGGGCUGAGACAUGUAUCGAGAACAUCAGCCGAUUGACAGGAAGCAGUGUAGACGAUGCCUUGCAGAAGAAGCUGAUGUAUCUCGCCUUCCGCUUUUCCCCUGUCGUCGAAGGCUUCAAAUCGUUGACGGCGUACCAUGCAGGUGAUGGUGUUUGGGUUGAGCUGGACGUACUGUUGGACGAGAGCACCUCGCUCCCUUUGGCACAUGAUAUUGCCGAGACGCUGCAGUAUUGCUACGAGAGUCUUCAGGAGGUGGACAGAGCUUUUGUCACGGUGGACUAUUCCUCCUUGGGCCCCACGGGACAUAACCAAUGUCAUUGAUCGGUACGCUAUGGCCUAUGGGCUGGAUCGCGGUAUGUCGUCAAGAGCUCAUUGCCGCAGAUUACUUCCGCCGAACCGAGGUUGCUACCGCAAUGAAAGUGUCCAUGUUGGACGGUUGUGUCUGGGGGUAUCCUACAUCAAUCAAGUAACACAGCUUUUAUCGUUUCCAUGGUCCAGACCUGUAGUGAUAACGGUCGGUUGAGCCCAACAUGGCAGGUUCUCAAGGUCAACAUCGCUUUGGGGUGCGGGGCUUAGGCAUAUGGAACAGGAUAGUCACGGAAAGUCAACAUUCCGAUCACCCCAAAAUCCAGCUUCUCGGCAGGUUAUCUGGAACCUUUCCUCACAUCCA